AUGCAGUCCAUGCAUAGACAAUUCGGAAAGCUCAUGAACAAGAGCCCUGGUGACAACGCCAAAAUCGCCGCAAUUCUUCAUGACUACGAAGACGCAGACAAUCUGCUGGGGAAGAUCAUCGAAAAUACCAAGCAGCUUCGUGACUCUUGGGUGGCUGUCGGAACUACUCAGUGGGCCAUCGUCAAAGAAUACGAAGGGUUGUACGAUCCCAUUCUCGGUGCUACCGAAGGUCAUGGCCGACCUAGCAUUGCUACCCCUCAACAGCAACUCGACCGAACUUUCAAGCUCCGUGAAGCUUACUCUGAUCUCAAAGACGAGUUGAUUGAAGAAGUCGCAGCCAUCGACGCCCAAGUCAUCCGUCCUGCUACCGAGGCCCGCGACUAUCUGCAACCCAUCCGGAAGACCAUUAAGAAGCGUGAGAACAAGAGGCUUGAUUAUGAAAAAGCAGAGGACAAGGUGAAGAAGCUACAGAAGAAGACUGGAAGAACGCCCAAGGAGGAUGCAGCGCUGUCCAAAGCAGAGUUCGACAUGUCUUGUGCUUCGGAGUCCUCACUCGCGGACCCCAUCAGGCAUGACGUCGAGCGGCGAGGCCACCACCCCCACACCUCGAAUUGUGCGAAUUCCUUCAUCUAA